AUGUAUACCAGCACUCUUGCACUCUUCGCUGCCGCCGCAGCCUCUGUCUCGGCCAUUGCCAUCCCAGAGCGCCGUGGCAACGGCAUCUCUGUCACGCCGCAUGACAAGUACUCCUCGUCCAUUGGUGUGCUUGGCUGCAAGGUCAACACCAACCGCAUUGCCUACUGGCCCUCUUCCCCCAGCUGUGACAACAUCUGCGUCAAGGUCAGCGCCAAUGGCCGCUCCGUGAACCUUCUCAAGGUGGACCAGUCCGGUGGUGCCUACGACAUCUCGUACGACGCCUGGAACUACCUGUCCACCGGCAAGGGUGCCGAGGAGGCGCCCACUUCCGGCGGCGGAAUCAGUGCCACCUAUGAGGACGUGGACAUGUCUGAGUGCGCCGACCUCAUCACGGAGCCUUCCGGCAAGCUUGCCUUCACCGCGGCCAACUCCAUGAACUUUAUCACCAGCUGCUCGUCGAACACCUGGGUCGGCAAGAACUACGCCCUCUACAACAUCGCCAACGCAGUCUGUACCUACGGCUACGACGAGGUCUGCACCAUGCCCGACCCCUCGCAGGGCAACCAGCCCAUCUGCCCCCACCAGCUGGGCUCGCAGGUCGCCUUGACCACUGAUGCCGUCAUGAACAUUGACUACCAGACGGGCACAAAGUCGAAGGCGCAGUAA